AUGGAAUCACUCCGCAGGAAAACAAUUCAGGUCAACCUUGUGAGAAUCCCUUCUCAACUCAAGGAGCUUAUUUCCAAGAUUCCAGAGAAUUCUCCCUUCACUGAAAGACAUGGUAGACUUCUCAACUUGGUCAACUCCAACAUAGAGGAAGACAUGGUGAAAGUUCUCUUCCAGUUCUUUGACCCCCUACACCACUGCUUCACAUUUCCUGAUUACCAGUUAGUGCCUACUUUGGAGGAAUUUUCUCAACUCCUGAGGAUUCCUAUUCUCCACCAACUACCCUACAACAGUACCGAAAUAGAGCCAAAGGCUGAAGAUGUUGCUCAAGCCUUACACUUACAACCAUCUGAUAUCAAAGGUCAUUGGGAAACCAGAAGCGGUGUCAAGGGUUUCUUGGCAAAAUUUCUGUUUGAAAAGGCACAAGAAUGUUGGAAUUCCCUAGACCUACAAGCUUUUGAGGAGAUUGUAGCACUUCUCAUAUAUGGUUUGGUCUUGUUCCUAAACCCUGAUCAGCUUAUAGAUGUGAAUGCUGUCAAGAUUUUCAUAUCUCGGAAUCUUGUGCCUACAUUGCUUAGGGACAUCCUACACUCAUUUCACACACGAACAAUGAGGAAAAGAGGUGUUCUCAUGUGUUGUACUCCUCUUCUAGCAAGAGAAAAUGUCAUCAUCAUUGAUCGUUGUGGGGAAUUCCCUAAUGUCCCACUACUUGGCAUUAGGGGAGGCAUCACCUACAACCCCUGUUUGGCUCUGAGACAGUUUGGGUAUGCCCGAAGGGAUGGCCCUCAUGACAUGCUGAUUCCAGACUUGGUUUUUGACUUCGACAACGACGCUCAAGGACUUCGACAAAGGUUUAUCCGAGCUUGGAGGAUGCCCAACAAAGUGGACAGUAAGACACUGGGACACAAGAAUUCCAUCCCCCUUGAGCCUUACCUCAAGUGGGUACGAACCCGCGCCCAGAGUCUUAUGAUGCCUUACCCCUACAUUCUCCCGAUGAUCAAAGAGCCUGUUAUGGAAGGAGAGGUUCCAUACACCCUCCUACAUCCUGACAUGCCAACAUCAUUGGAAGAUUUACAAAGGAGUUGGAUACAGCUCAAGGGAGAACGCAACACUUUUGAAGCCCAAUUCUACGCCAGUGAGAAGAAGGUUAUAGAACUUACUCGUCGACUCCAUGAAGAGCAGACUCUCAACACCUACAUUGCACUAAAGAGGAUGCGCAACGUCUUUUUACCUUAG